UAUAAUUUUGUGAACAAAUGGGACUGACGACAACACUCUUCUUCUCCUUUUUGUCCUUUUGGCUCUCUCUCUCUCUAUUCUUCUCUCUCUUUUCCACCGGCGACCAUUAAUCCUCUCUCCUCCGUUUCCCACUGCUGCAAACCCUCACUCCUCGAUUUGUUUCUUCUCUCCUCAAUUCUCUCUUUUUGCUUGAAAGCUAACAUUUUUUUUAAUAAUUAUUUUAGCCCUUUGUGAAGUCUUCACACAUACAGACGUGACGGCGACUUCAUACUGAGUCUCACGGCUUUGACUCGCCCUGGGGAUUUUUACUCCAGAGGCGAAGAAGAAGAAGAAGAAGACUACCAACAAUGGGGUUUCUCUGUGGUCUCCAGGUGCUUCUGCUUCUCUCUCUCUGCUCUCAUCGUCUUCAAAAACUCUCUGCUCAAUCUCCUCCGACCAAUGCGACUUCUUAUUCUUCUUCCUCUCUCGACGCCCUUCUCCAAGAUUACUCUUACAGAGCCUUUGUUCGUCCUCGAACCGGCAUUCUCUACCAAGGCACCGUCCCUUCCAAUUUGACUGGUAUCAAAGUUGCAGCCAUGAGACUCAGAAGCGGAAGCUUGAGAAAACGAGGAGUCUCCUCCUUGAACGAGUUCUCAAUCCCGAGCGGCGUAAUCGUGAAGCCGUAUGUGACAAGGCUCGUCCUUGUUUAUCAAAACCUAGCCAAUUUCUCUCACUUGUAUUACCCUUUGUCUGGUUACGACUAUGUGGCCCCUGUGUUGGGUCUUCUCGCUUACGACGCUAAGAAUCUCUCCGCGAUUAAUUUGCCUGAGCUGGAUUUGAGGGUAUCAAAAGAUCCCAUCAGAAUCGAUUUCUCUGAUCUGGAACCAAUCCCACAAGGGUCUAGUGCUAAGUGCGUUAGCUUCGAUUCACAAGGUAAACCGAGUUUCAGCGAUUCGAUUCAGCCUGGAAACACAUGCGAGACAGAGCGUCAGGGACAUUUCUCAGUUGUUGUGAAAUCUGUGGCCUCUGCUCCGUCUCCAGCUCCUCCUCCGGCGACUGAGAAAGGGAAGGAGAAGAAGAAGAGCUCUGAGUCCAAUUCCAGGACUUGGAUCAUCGUUGGGUCAGUGGUUGGCGGAUUGAUACUUUUGGGGCUUUUGCUGUUUCUGGUUUUGCGGUGUCGGAAUUACAAGAAGCAGGAGAAAAUGAAGGAGAUGGAGAAAGCUGGUGAGACAGGGGAAGCUCUGAGGAUGACUCAGGUCGGAGAGACUAGAGCACCAACUGCUUCUACGACUCGUACACAACCCAUGCUUGAAACCGAAUACGCAGCUUAGAAAAGAAAAACACUUUUGAUUGCGUUUGUGUACAUCAUCACCAUCUUCUUCUUCAUCUUGAUCAUCUGUUUCAAUUAUUUUUCUUUUUGGUAAAGUGUUUUCUGAUUAUUUUUUUCGUUGUGGUUAGCAAGUUGAAGCUUCCAUUCAUCUUGUUUCUCUACGGGUGAUUAAGGAAA